AUGACCACAUCCAUGGCUUUCUUCGCCCUUCUCUUAUGCCUUCUAUCAACAACAUUCCCAAUUCUCGCACACGCAACCACGACAAAUCCAUCCAGAAAACACAGCAUUCUACCACAUCUUCUCUGUCUGGACUCAGGAUACUGUGUACCCAAGACCAUGUCAACACCAUCGCUCGACUUGGACAACCACAUCAAACUCGACGUCGCUGGUCAGGCAUCUUCGAUGCCACAAUCAGGAGGAGCAAUGUUGGACCGACAUGUCGUGUUUGCUGUCAGGAUUGCAGAGCCGGCAGACAACCCUUAUGCCAAAAGGCUGAAGACACUUUGA